AGAGGAGGAGGAGGAGGAGGAGGGAGACGGCGGAGGCGGCGGCGGCGGCGAGAGGAUGAACAACAAGUUCGACGCCUUGAAAGAUGACGACAGUGGCGACCAUGACCAGAACGAAGAAAACAGCACACAGAAAGACGGUGAGAAGGAAAAAACUGAGCGAGAUAAAAGCCAGACCAGCAGCAAGAGGAAGGCUGUUGUCCCCGGACCCGCGGAACAUCCCUUGCAGUACAACUAUACCUUCUGGUACUCCAGACGGACACCCGGACGGCCCACCAGCUCGCAGAGUUACGAACAGAACAUCAAACAGAUUGGCACAUUUGCUUCCGUGGAGCAGUUCUGGAGAUUUUAUAGCCACAUGGUACGUCCCGGGGACCUGACGGGUCACAGUGACUUCCAUCUCUUCAAAGAGGGAAUCAAGCCCAUGUGGGAGGACGAUGCAAAUAAAAACGGCGGCAAAUGGAUCAUCCGCCUGCGCAAGGGCUUGGCAUCCCGCUGCUGGGAAAAUCUCAUCCUGGCCAUGUUGGGGGAACAGUUCAUGGUGGGGGAGGAGAUCUGCGGCGCCGUGGUCUCCGUCCGGUUUCAGGAGGACAUCAUCUCCAUCUGGAACAAGACUGCCAGCGACCAGGCGACCACAGCCCGAAUCCGGGACACGCUGCGGCGAGUGCUUAACCUACCUCCCAACACCAUUAUGGAAUACAAAACGCACACCGACAGCAUCAAGGCCUGGGAGGAGUUUCAUGGCCUGGUGAACAGCAGCGGCCGCUGAUCGGACGCUCCCCCUCUCUGUCUCUCACACCCAGGGGACAAUUCAAGCUUUCGAAAUACAAAAAUCACAUUGUGAAAGUAACCAGGCUGGCAAUAAUCCUUUUCUCUGUGUGUCUGUCUGUCUGUCUGAAACGGAUGGGAGGCCUCCAGCCAGGAGGCACCCCCGCCGUCCCCCCGCUCCACGGGUUCCCCUUUUGCACUCGUCCCCGGAGGAAGGAUUCCACUAGACGCCCUGCGGCAGCAGAAAGACAGAAAAGAUGACUUUGUAAUAGACACCACUUUUUUUUAAAGGGAUUGUGUGGGGGGGCGGGGGGGUGGGGUCAACUUUCUGUUUGUCUUUGGGCCCUCCGGGCUGCCUCCUCAGCAUCCCGUUGCUCUCUCUGUUAUUCUGCGCAAAGGGCCGAUUGUGAACGCGUGUACGCACCAGAGCCGAACCAAGGGGGAGCGGUAUUAUGAAUGUCUGCACCUGGGAAAAGCUUUUUUGUUGGCGAGCCACUUCACCUGUUCGGAAGUGCUCCCGCAUAGCUUUGCCAUUAAAUUAUUGGUUCUUUUUGUCUAUUUCUUUUCCCCUCCCCUCGCCCCCAUUCUUUAAAAAAAAAAAAAAGGGGGUCGAUGGGGUGACAGUCGAUGGCCAGGACUUAAUCGCGCCGACUGCCAGCCUUCUACCCCGCGGUUCGCUCCCAAGGACGCAAAUUCUCCCGCUCCAGAGCUCCGAUCAAGCGGUCUGCCCUAGCCUUGCUUAGGUCACUCAUGUCGGCGGGCCCUGAUGAAUUCAGAGCGGCAGGGCGGCCCGUAGGAUCUUUCCGGUAAGGAUCCACUCGAUCGCUUCCCAGCCCCACACAGCGCCCCGGGGGAGCGGGCCGUUGAAACCGGCGGCCGGCUUGAGAGCGGCCUGGCCGACGCUCAUCUGGGAAGACCCCCCCCGACCAAAGUCCCCAGAGGGAAGGGGUGCUCGGGCCCCACCAGGACGCCCAGGUAUCACCCGAAACACAACCGGAGUCUUCCCAAGAGCACGGGCUCAGGGCUGCCGCUCACCGGUCCGAGGAGCGUGAAAGCCCCCCACCAGAUCCAGAAGGACUGAAUUGGGUGAGACGGGGGCCCGAACAAGGAAGAAGGCAAUCGAGCCCGGAACAGCCUCCGGUUGGCACUGAUCCCUUAGCACUCGGGAGCAAAAAUAGCAGUGCCUUGACCCAAGGCCUCUAGGCCCUCUUCGACCGUUCUCAAAGCCUUCUUGGCCAGAUAGUGCUCCCUCCCUCCCCUCACACCCCCAUCAGAGAGAGCAUUCGAAAGUCACGGGAAUUUCUCCUUUGGGCUGUGUUGCUCCAUCUCCAACUUCUCCUCAGUCCCACUCGCAUUCUGAAAUGUUUUCGUAAUAUCAUCCUAAAAUGUUUUCAUCAGAGAGAGAGACGCGUCCCCGUGGCUGGCAAAGGUAGGAGUGUCCCAGCGGAUCUGCAAGUGACUGCAGCGUUAGGAACACAGAAGGUUAUAUCCUGGUGAAAAGCCAAAUCAACGAUCCUGAAUGGGGCUGCCGAGCGGGAAUCCAGACCUUUUCUCAGCCCAGCUCGGGCUGAAAGAAAGUACAAGUGCAAGUCAGUAGUCUUCAGUCUGGGACGUGUCCAGAUUUGAGAUUUGCCCCAAAGAAUGGCCAUUUGGGCAUUUAUUUGCCUGAAAAUGUGUCCGUGCACAUGUGGCACGUGUGCACGUGUACGCAUGUGCAUGCAUAGGCAGGUGUGCUCCACGUGCACACGUAUGCAUGUGCGGGCCCGUAUGUUUUCCAGCACGUAGGUUUCUUCACGCUACCUGGUUGUGUUGCUGUUGUCUACAUUUCUCCUUUUCACACUCACCUACUGUUCAGACUAGGACUGCCGCCCCUUUUGGAGCGGCUCACGUUUUUCCUUUUGGUACACGCCACCCUCGCCCCCUCCCCUCAACCCGCCACAGUAUUUGAGAUUUCUCCUCUUCCCCCGGCAAAAGCAAACUGUGGUACUGUGAGCUACAGUACUGGUUAUCGGUUCAGCUAUUUGGCUAUCCCUUUCGGACCGCAUCGAACCCUCCCGCUCCGCCGCUUGCCCGACGGCCAAUAUUGAGAAAAUUGCACUCCGAGCUCCCUCAAGACACCUGUUGGAAAGCUUGAUGCCGACGGAGGGACACCGAGGUAUUCCGUUGACUCACUUGGGCUAUAUCCAGCGCGUCCGGAGACCCGACGUGACCGUGGCGUGAGCUAUCGUCUGCAGAGAAGAGGAAAAGCAGUUCCGUGGAGGAUCCCGGCCGGACAAGUUAGCAGGUGGAAAGUUCAGCCUCCUCCCUUUCACUUUUCCUGCUGGGAACGGACAGCUUUUUGCCUCUCCGUCAACCUGCCGCCGCUCUUUCCCUCGGGGCUGCAGUUUCUGUUUGAAGAGGCCCCCGCCUCGUGUCACUCCUUCUCUUGUUUUUAUCCUUCCCACCCUGCUGUUUGGGUUGAUUUUUUAUUUUCCCACGACACCGUAAGCGGCACUAUUUUCUCGCACAUAGUAAAGCACAUGGUCGCUGGGGUUCCAAAGCAGGGCCUAUUUGGCUUGGGCUGGUGAGGAAAGUAAGAGAGACCAUGGUAAGAAUUUGUCACAGUGUUGCACCUUCAGAGCAUUGGUCUGCUGCAAUAAUAAACGGAAAAAAAAUGGGCAAGAA